UUUGAUCACAAUCCAAACAUCAAAGCGCCAAAUUGACACUCUUACACUCCCAACAUUCUUCCCAUCAUCUUCCUUGAGCACAGUCUUGCUUCCCAUUUAACAAAUGUUACCUUUUUGAUGCAAGAGCAGCGGUGAACAUGGCCAAAUCACAAAGGCAAAAUGCAGUCGCGCAACGCGAAGAAGAUGACAGCGUUGUAGAUCCCCAUUCAUCACCAAAACGAUCUCUUCAAUUGAAAAAGAAAGAUCCUCCAGCAAAGCGACCAAAGUUAACAGCUUCAGCAUCAUCAAGAGUACAAACAAGAAGAAUGUCUUCGUCACAAGAUCAGAACAAUGCGUCAUCUUCUAUGCUGCUUCCAAAGCUUAAUCAACAUUCGGUAGAGAAUGGAUCAACGGCUGCAUAUGCGGGCUCAUCAUCACAACGACAGUCAUCAAGAAAUAGAUCAAAAGGGUUCACUCAAGAUUUUUCUGGGAAAGAACCUCCUACCAUCAAGGAGCGACCCAAGGCUAGACCGCGAUGUAAACCAGAAGUGGAGAAUGGGAAUGUACAGCAUUCAUCUGUUCAAGAGCCCCAAAGCGGCACAGAAGAUCUAGAUUCGGAAGACGACGAAGCUUCAUCUUCCGAACCUGACAACGAAAAUGAUGAGGACUAUGCUGAAGGUGGAGGAAAACACAAGAAGAGUGUGAAAAAGAACGGUCGUAAAAAAGAGGAGGAAGAAGAGCAAAUCAAAGGACUGACUUUACCAGAUCGAUUUGAAAUCUCAAAAGAUGUCGAAAAGCUGCAAGAAUGGAAUGAUCUUUUCUCGCAACACAAGAGCAUCAAAUAUGAUGCAUUGGACGAUCUACAAGACGAAAGCUUUGAACUUCCCGAAACGUCCCAAGGUCUCACGACAUGCCCUUUCUGUCAUUCAUCACUUCCAGAAGAACCAAGCAAGAAAUUGCAGGAUCUCUUAAAUUAUUGGCUUCAAAAGAUCAAAAGUCAAAGCGAUGCUCCAAGCAGUACAGCUACAGCCGAAUGCUGUCAACUCCAUGAAGCUGAGAAGGUGCACAUUCCCCUAGGGAAACAAAAAAAAUGGCCGACCCAACACAAGGAAAAGAAGGUCGUUAAUGACUUUUGGUAUGAUGUAGCCAUAUGUGAACGCAUUAUUGAUUUUGUGGCUCACCCUGAAAAGAGCGUUUUCUAUCGUCGGCAAGUGGAGAGGAGAGAGAAGUAUGGUAGACAGGCUAACAGUGUCCAAAGUCAGAUGCAAUAUUUCCACGAGGAACAAGCAGGGUAUUUCGGAGAGCUUGGAGCUCAGGCGAUACGACGUACGAUAUAUCACUUAUUUGAAGAGGAGUGGGCACCGAAGCAUACCCUGGAAGAAUUUACCAAUCGACCGAACAAUUGGAUGAAAGAGUCUGAUUUUGUCGAUAAAGUUCUGUUUCCAGAAGUGGUUUGCGCAUUGAUACAAAAGCGCGAGAAGAAAGAGUGGGGAAAGAUCAUCAGCAUCAGUGAAGCAGAAAAGAUUCGAGACGAAUCAAAUGUGUAUGGAUCGAUCAUGUUCCCUAUCGAGAAAAUAGAGAAAGAACAUGAGGAUUCUCUGUUCGAGAAAUAUUCAUCCGAAUCACCUGUCUCCAAAUACUCACGAAAGGGUGCCUCUGAAGGUAGACCAGCAGCGAGUAGUUCUAGAAGCAGAGGCAAGCCGGACAAUCGGACGUCUCUGAACAGCGAAAGGUCUCGCGAUAUAGCGAUUGAAGUCUCGUCUGGUCAACGCAUAGCUCCGAAUCGCUCGACAAAACAGAGAGCCGCUUGCACUGAAUCUUCUUCUCAGCAAAUCCAAUCACCAACAACAUCCCCCAGUCGCCCAAGACCUAGACCUUCGCAAAGCAGGCUUUCUCAACAAAUGCCAAAAGUGGACUUGUACGGCGAGAAAAUUUACAGUUCGCAAGAUCAAAUCAAGAGUUGGGCGGUACCUCAACUUGCAUCUUCACCCGAUUUGCAGCCGAGUAGUAGUAGCACGAUCCAUUUCAACGAUAAAUUGGAAUCAUCGCAAAUCGCAAGUGAUGGCAGUUCCCCUUUGACGGAGCUGGAGAAAAGUCAAAAGGAAUCGUCUGACUUUUGAGACCUUUCCAAAGCAUGUGUACUAUAAACAAUCUUAUUCGUCUGUUGCAUUGUCAGCAGUCUCAAUCAAUUGUACACUAUCAUAUAUAUACAAUACCAAAGAGAAGUGAUGAUGAUCAUUAUUGUCUGUGCGG